CACGAAUCAUGGCUUUCGCAACUGGACACGGAGUUGGAAUCCUUUGCCAACUACGUGCAACUCUCGCCGUCGGAACAAGCCGCCCGACAUUUCAUUGUCGAUAGUAUUGAAACCGUCUCUCGCACCAAUCUAGACUGUGCCAAGGAGAAGAAAUCUGCCGAUGAAAUCAGAGUCCACGUCUUUGGUUCCUUUGCCACACUCCCCGUCUGUGCCUAUUGCAGUGAUGUCGAUCUGGCGAUUUACGGACUCGUUCCACCGGAACAACCACCACACGACAGUUCUGCGCAAGCCAAGCACACGCGGUUUUCAGAGACCGACAACCACCAAAUGGCUGCGCGAGUCAAAAAGUGGAAGGAUCUUCUGGAACAGCAACAACAACAACACUGCGACGAAGAAGAAAAGGACGACGCCUGGCAAUCGGCACUCGAUCAAUUGCUCGAUGGCGCCAAUGAAGGACCCGACACUCCCAGCAAGAAGAAACGGUCUGCCGAUCGGGUCGUCGAUCUCACACGCUGUGCGUCACCGCAACAAGAUACCAAACCAGCCGCCAAAAAGGAACCCGAAAUUAUCAAAGUCGAUGCUCUUCCAUCCACAAAGUCUCCAGACAACCAGGAAACGACCAAAAAGAGCCCCGUCCGAAUGGUUUCGGUGGAUGAACUCGAAAAACAACCCGCUGUCCAAAAAGAAGAAACUGCCAAAGAAGAAGAAGCGUCGGAGGAUGCUCUCGCGGGGGACUUUUUCGUUCUGGAUCGAGUUGGUAUCGAUGAAGAAGAGGAAGAAAAGAAAUGGAAGGCCAAGGAAAUCAAUCAGAAUGCAGAAGUCGAAGUUGCCGACAACAAGGCAGACGACAAUGUAGUUGGCAGCAAAGUCAACAGUAAAGACGACGAGAAACAAGGGAAUCUGAAGGAAGCACCGACUGAGGAAACAGACGCUACAACAACAAAUCGAAAGCGAACAUUUUCAGAAGCAACCAACGAAACCAACAACAAUUCUGGCAGUGACAGUGAAGACGAUACUGCCGACAAAUUGGCAUCGCUCGAGACACGAAAGCAUACUAGUAGUAGUCCAGCAGCAAAUGCCAAACGCCCAGCGGAGGAAUAUCGAACCGAGCAGGCUGUCAUUAGCCUUUCGUCCGAUGACGAAGACGACGACGAUGAAGAAGAUGAUGACUUGGAUGACAUGCAAGUUUCCUUUGUCGCUCACCCUACUAAUAAUGGCAAAAACACGACGAUUGGGCCGUCGGGAGCUGUUCGAGCCGAAGUGGUCAAUGUGCUGAACAGCCUCGGGAAUAUAUUGCGACGUCGACAAUUCACAACGUCUGUGACGGUCAUUCGCAAAGCACGAGUGCCAAUUGUCAAAUUCCAAACCAAAUUGGGUUUUGAAGGAGAUGUCGCCAUGGGAGGACACAAUGGAACCGAUACCAGUCAGUUUGCCAUGUCGCAAGUGCAGCGGUUCAAAAGUUUUGCAACGGUUGUCAUGGCGUUGAAGAUCAUGUUGUGGCAGCAGGGUCUCGACAUACCAUUCCACGGAGGAUUGGGAAGCUACAAACUCUAUGUCUUGGUGGCGCAUCACUUGGAGAAUCACUUGGAGCUAGGAGGAGCCGAUCGACCAGGCGAAGUCUUCUUGAGCUUUCUGCAUCGAUAUGGACAAGUCAAACGGGGCAUUGGAGUAUUGGAUAAUUGCCACCGUCGAGCACGCACCUUUUUGACUCAAAACGCUGUACUAGAAUGCUGUGAGGGUGGCUACGCAGCUGACAUGUCGGCCACAUAUCUGCUCCGACAUUGCAUCGACCUCUUUCGGCGGUGUUUCAUGCAAGUGGGACAAGAAAAUGUCUACACUAAAGCGCCAAAGAAGGGCAGCAGCAUUUUGAAAUCACUCUACGACAUUGACACUCUCACGGCGGAACGAUCUGAUAGCAUGGAAAAGGCAGCAAUGUUGGACGUCUUUCAAAAGGGGCAAAAGAAGGAUGGACAGCAAAGUCGUCAUCCGCAACAACAAUCUCAGCGCCAAAAUAGCAAUGGUGGAGGCGGUUCAAGAUCCGAGCCAAAAUCGAAACGAAGUAAGGCAUAG